AUGCGGAGCUCCUCGCGGCUUGUCUGGCAGCCCGUCUCGCGUACCGCCUUGACAAGCGUGCGGCGGCUCGCCUCCGACAUUCGUCUGCGCACUGACUAUGGCAACGCUACGCCAGCGCAGCGCCCCACGGCAAGCAAAAGCCUCAUCUAUGUGACAGAGCCGGCAACGCGGAAGGGCUCUUUUGCCCGCUAUGUGCGGUCUGCUCGGGACCAGGCGCCGUACAUUGCCGGCGCCGUGGUGGGGGUGUGCAUCUACAGCGCGGCCACACUCGCCAUUCCCGCCGGGUUUGGUGCGCUCAUCGACCAAGCAAGCAGAGGGCAGAUGCCGCUCGGCACGUCGAUGCAACUGCUGGGCUGGUUCAGUCUCUGUGCGACGGGCAACUACCUGCGGUUGUACUGCAUCGGCUACGCAGGCGAGAGCAUUAUCGCGAAGCUGCGCCGCGCCUUGUACAGCGGCAUCUUGCGGCAACCGGCAGCGUUUUUCGACUCCACAGAGAACCGCACCGGCGCGCUCGUGCAACGACUGUCCAUGGACUGCAACGUUGUGGGCAGCUCCCUGACAGAGGCGGUGACAAACGGCAGCAAGAAUCUACUGCAGACGAUCGGCAGCAUCACCGUGAUGCUCUACUACUCACCGCUGCUGACGAGCGUGAUUGUGUGUAUGAUACCGCCGGUGGCCAUCUUCGCCGGCUCGUACGGCCGUUACAUUCGUAAGUUGCAGCACAACAUGCAGGAUGCCCUGGCCGACAUGGGCACCGUCGCCGAGGAGCGGCUGUCGAACAUCCGCACCGUGAAGGCCUUCGGCACCGAGGCGCAGGAGGAGUCCUGGUACAGCAAGAACGUCCAACGUGUCUUCGAUCUCAGCAUGCGCAUGGUGCGCUGGAACUCCGUCUACGUUGCGUCACUGCAGACGGUGGGGUAUGGUGCCAUGUACUGUAUCAUGUGGGCCGGCUCGAUGCUCGUCACCUCCGGCCAUCUGACCCCUGGCGUUCUCUUCUCCUUUAUGCUGUAUACGGUGUACUGCGGCAUUGGGCUGAUGGGGUUGACGAAUCUGGCCACCGAGAUUAAUAAAGGCUACGGCGCCUCGCUGCGGCUCUUUGACAUCCUGGACAAGGCCGAGGCAGUGCGGCAGAAGCACACAGCAUGCAAACAGCUGACGCCGAUUACGUGCAACUGGCGCGUGACUUUCAAGGGCGUGUCCUUCGCCUACCCUACGCGGCCGGAGGCGCUCAUCUACAGAAACAUGAGCCUCACCAUCGAGCCAUCCCGCUGCACUUGCGUUGUCGGCAGCAGCGGCUCCGGCAAGUCGUCCUUGGCCAUGUUGCUGCUGAAGCUAUACGAGCCGACAGCCGGCUUUGUGCAGCUUGGCGAACACGACCUCCGCGACAUCAGCUCACAUUGGCUGCACGAGCACAUUGGCUACGUUGGGCAGGAGCCGGUGCUGUUUGGCGGGUCCAUCGCACAGAACAUCGCCUACGGCACUCCAGGCCGCAACUGGGAUGAUCCAAUCGAUCGCUGGCUUUACGCUGCCGUCGUCGAGGCGUCCCGGAAGGCCAACGCGCACGACUUCAUUUCCGCGCUACCGGACGGGUACGACACGUUCGUUGGCGAGAGCGGCCGCAGCCUGUCUGGCGGGCAGAAGCAGCGCAUCGCCAUCGCGCGUGCCCUGAUGCACAAUCCGCGUAUCACCAUCCUGGACGAGGCGACGUCUGCGCUCGACAGCGAGAGUGAGGUGGUGGUGCACGACGCCAUCUCGCGCCUGAUCGAAGAGUCGAAGGACUCGAAGCGGCAGCACACGGUGCUCAUGUUUGCACACAAGUUGAGCAUGAUCCGAAAGGCGGACCACAUACUCGUACUGGACAAGGGCCAGGUUGCUGUUGAGGGCACCUUCGCGGAGGUGUCCAAGAGCAAGCUCUUCUGCGACCUCGUGGGGCUCGUUGCCACACCACAGGUAAGCGCCGGCACGUCGUGA